AUGCAAUCGUCUCGGGAAGGACCGAAUUCAGCGGGUCUCAAUUUCUAUCACCAACCUGGUCAGGGAAUUUACCUACAGGGCAAUCUAUGUGUUGAUAGACAUGGUAGCAGCAGCCAGGGAACUGGUUUUUCUUUCGAAACUAGCAAGGAGCAAUGCUUCCCCGUGGAGUCAUACCCGGAAAUUGUUGGGUUCAUGGAUUGUGAUUCCCCUUCCUAUGCCAGUGUAUCAUCUAACAAGAGUCCGUUUUCCCCGCAAGAUUCUCAGUCUUGCUAUUCGGAUCACCACCAGUCAUCUGACAACACCUAUGGAUCGCCGAUAAGCGGGAUGUCUAGUGUUGAUGAUGGAAAUGAUUUGAAACACAAGCUUAAAGAGCUGGAAAAUUCUCUAUUGGGGCCUGAUGAUUUCGAUAUUGUUGACAGUUACGGAAGCAGCUUGGAGGCUAGUCUCCACGGAGCAUGUCAGUCGGCUAAAUAUAAUUGGGAUCUGAUUGCCGAAAAUAUUCCAAAGCUUGACAUGAAAGAAGUCCUAUUGCUAUGUGCACAAGCUGUGUCUGAUGGCGAUAUUCAAACAGCAAGAGGCUGGAUGGAUAAUGUAUUGGUGAAGAUGGUGUCGGUAGCCGGAGAACCAAUCCAGAGGUUAAGUGCUUACUUGUUGGAAGGGCUUAGAGCAAGGUUGGAAUCGUCCGGAAUCUUGAUCUACAAGGCCUUGAAAUGUGAACAACCAACAAGCAAAGAGCUAAUGAGUUAUAUGCACGUCCUGUAUCAAAUGUGCCCAUAUUUUAAAUUUGCUUACAUAUCUGCAAAUGCUGUUAUUCAUGAAACAAUGGCAAAUGAAUCCCGGAUUCAUAUAAUCGAUUUCCAAAUUGCACAGGGCACACAGUGGCAUUUACUUAUUCAAGCUCUUGCACACAGACCUGGCGGACCCCCUUUCAUUCGAGUAACAGGUGUUGAUGAUUCCCAAUCAUUUCAUGCUCGCGGUGGAGGACUUCAGAUUGUGGGACAACGGCUUUCAGAUUUCGCCAGAUCUUGCGGGGUUCCGUUUGAGUUCCAUAGUGCCGCAAUGUCUGGUUGCGAAGUUCAAAAAGAAAAUCUUAGUAUUAGGCCUGGGGAAGCCCUUGCUGUAAAUUUCCCUUAUAUUUUGCACCACAUGCCAGACGAGAGUGUGAGCAUAGAGAAUCAUAGAGACAGAUUGCUGAGAUUGGUUAAAAGCUUGUCUCCAAAGGUUGUUACCCUUGUUGAGCAAGAAUCCAACACCAAUACUUCUCCUUUCUUUCAUAGGUUUGUUGAGACAAUGGAUUAUUACACAGCCAUGUUCGAGUCAAUAGAUGUUGCUUGCGCCAAAGACGAUAAGAAGCGGAUUAGUACAGAGCAGAACUGUGUUGCACGGGACAUCGUCAACAUGAUAGCCUGUGAGGGGAUUGAAAGGGUCGAGAGGCAUGAACUUUUUGGAAAGUGGAGGUCGAGAUUCUCCAUGGCUGGAUUUAAACAAUGCCAAUUAAGUUCUUCAGUGAUGCAUUCUGUCGAAAAUAUGUUGAAGGACUUCAAUCAAAACUAUCGACUGGAACAUAGAGACGGUGCUCUCUAUCUUAACUGGAUGAAAAGAGCUAUGGCCACUUCUUCUGCAUGGAGGUGA